UGCUGGCACCCUUUCACUUGUGGCCACAACAGUCCAGUGUCUGCCUCGGUGGUUACUCCAUCUUAAUCCCGAUGAACUGUACACUUGAAAAUGGAUCAGCGAUCGAACUGCUGCUCCUGCAUUGCAAAGCAGAUCCUUAAUGACUGGACCACCAGGGAAGCCAGCAUGCAGUUCUUACAAGAGGACAUGACUCUGGUCACAUGUGUGUGCCCCUCCACCGCUCCAUCACCUGCAGGAUGAAGGCUGUCUCCUUCCUCUUCAUCCCAGUCCUGGGGCUGCUGGUGUGUGGCCAGUCGCUGUGCCCCAUAGAUAAAGCCAUCAGUGAGAAGAUCCAGCAUGUCACCAGCUCCCUAGUUCCUGAGGCAGUGAGGAACAUUGGCCUGGACUGCCAGAGUGUCACCUCCAGGGGGUCCCUGGUCACCUGCCCUUCAGGCUUCGCCGUCACUGGCUGCACGUGUGGCUCUGCCUGUGGCUCGUGGGACGUGCGUGCUGAGACCACGUGCCACUGCCAGUGCGCAGACAUGGACUGGACCGGAGCUCGCUGCUGCCGCCUGCGGAUCCAGUAGCCUAAGACUGAGCUUGCGCGGUGCAGGUC